GCGAUACUAUCUAUUAUAAUGACUUAAAGGAUCUGUUUUAACAACAUUGGCGGAAAUGGGCAUCCAUACCUGAAUUAAACACACAAUUUCUGCCAUUUACUCGCCGCAGCCAGUCAACAAAAACAUAUCCAUAAAACAACCACUAGCUAAAUCAGAGACAGCUUAGAGAACCUUUGACUUAAGACGAUAUCGCUACCUUCUUAAUUUGUGGUAAUUGAUUGAAUGUUGAUUUUACGAAUAUCGAUUGUAAAGUCCGGGAUCCGACCUACCGAUGCGGAAUUUACGUGAAGCACCUGAACGCACUCUAGCUGCAUGUGAAAGCAACUAGCUGGCUAGCUAGCUAUUGGCUAACUACAAUUAACAUUUGUGAAAUGAAAAGCACGGGACUUUAAGUUACGUUACUGUGCGGGUUAGAACGUAUUUUAGACACACUUCCGUGGUUUUAACUGGGAAAAUAACUUUGCGUUUACAAGCUAACGUAUGUUACCAUUAGCUCAUCUCCAAGUUCUAUGUCAGUGAAACUGCUAGCUAGCUAGCAGCAAAGGCUUUGGAGAUGUUUACAUCCAGCCUUUCUACACAACAACAGAGGGACCUGGCGAAAAGACUCACCACUUUCCUGUCUCAGUACAGCCACGUAUCCGACUCCUAUAUCAUUGAGUUCUUCACUGAAGAUCUCUGGCACACAUUACCCAACACCUGGCAGCCUAUGCUGCAGGACCUGUCGUAUCCACAGAUCGCAGACCUGUUACUGGAUGCUGCACACAGAGACAAGAGAUACCCUUCGGUGUGGCCUCUGUCGCUCUUGGCGUUCCGUGCCACAGCUCACGCUCUGGCGUUUCCCAGAGAGUGCAGGCGGGGGCGAGGCACGGCGGCCGGCUCGGAGAAGCCUGAGGAGUUCCUGCACAACCAAAGUCAGAGCGCCCUGCUGGGACACAUAUUCAGGAAACACGUCAAACCCAAGAAACAGCACGAGAUCCGCAAGCUGGGCUCGCUGGUAAAACAACUUUGUGACCAGACUGACUGCAACAGUGUGGUGGAUGUGGGCUCUGGACAGGGUCAUCUGACUCGUUUCCUGUCCUUUGGGCUCGGACUGUCUGUGACCGCUAUUGAGGCUGAUCACACCCUGGUUGCUAUGGCGUCCAAGUUUGAUGGACAGUUACUGUGGGCCUUGGAGAAGGAAAGGCAGAAAAAGAACUGCUCCUCUCUGGUCCCGGUGUCACAGUCCUCUCCCCGCCAUGUGGCCGGUUGGGUAAACCCCAGGGCAUCAUGGGAGGCCUUCAUCAAGCAGCUGAGUGUUUCAGAUUGUGUCGACGAUGGUCUCCCAACUCCGUCUGGACCCAGCAAAAAGAGACUGCGGGGCUGUGAGCUUCAGGGGGCCUCUCACGUGGUCCAGACGCCGUCAUGUCGUGUUUGCACGGACUCUGAAAGUCGCUCGCAGGACUCUGAAUCGCCAUCGCAACGCCAGUUAAGCAAAAGCGAGUCUGAAGAGGAGCCUUCUGCAGAAAAACACUGCUCGUGUGGAGAAAACAGCCAGCGGCAUCAAGACUUUGUCCUCACCGGUCUCCACGCGUGCGGCGACCUCAGCGCCACACUCCUGCGCCACUUUGUCAGCUGCCCAUACGUCCGCGGCAUCACCUCGGUGGCGUGUUGCUACAUGAAAAUCACGACCAAAGAAAACCCCGCCCCUCCGGGAUUGGUCGCAGCUCCGCAGACACCCGGCCGGGAAGCGCUCCCCUCAGAGUUCGGCUACCCGAUGAGCUCCUGGGUUGGGGGGCUGCCGGGACACCAGCUGUCCUAUAAGGCGAGGGAGGGCGCGUGUCACGCCGCUGAGGACUAUAAACGGAGGCUUCGGGAGGAAAGCGAGCUGCUGAGGACACACUGUUACCGGGCGACGCUGGAGACGAUCAUCAGGGAAACGAGGCCAGAUCUACGCAGGGCAGGAAUCCAGACCAUAAAGAAAGCCCACUUACUACCGUUUACAGAGUACGCCCGUCUGGGUCUGGCUCGGGUCGGCCUGCCUCCCGGGUUGCCUCUGGCCCCGCAGCGGGUGGAGGCCAUGUUGAAGCAGCAGCGCAGGGUGGUGGUGUACUUCAGCCUGGCCCUGCUGCUGGCUCCUGUGGUGGAGACGCUGGUGCUGCUGGACCGGAUGAUCUACCUGCAGGAGAACGGCGUGGACAGUCAGCUGGUUCCUCUCUUUGACCCGAACUUUUCUCCAAGAAACUUUGUGCUGGUGGCUCUGAAGGCGCGUGGACAAGGAGGAGGCAAAUGGGAAAAGUCAAACGAUAUUUGUCACUCUUUGGUGAGAAAAGUAACUUAAAUUCCACAAGACGAGGCUGCGCUGCGCGCCCCAGAAGCAACUCUCUGCUCCGCAAAAAAUGCUGCAUGGCGGACAACGAGACAAAACCGGAACGCGGUGCAUCUGCGCCCGGUGGAAUUUCCGGGUUACACUUCCUUUUUUAAAAUGAAAUAUGACUCAAGAUUCUCUUACAAAACAAGGGAUCCCAAGUCUUAAGGUCAUUUGCUUUUAUUCUCCGUUUUUAGAGAUAUUAAAGAAUGAACAUUAAA